AUGGGACCCCGAGGUAGAGGCAGAGGCAGAGGCGGUGGCGGCGGCGGUGGAGGAGGACGUGGCGGUGGCUUCCGAGGCGGUAGAGGAGGAGGGCCUGGUCGAGGUCGCGGAGGCGGAGGUGGUCGUGGCGGAGCCUUCCGAGGCCGUGGUGGUGCUCGAGGCCGUGGAAGAGGCAGAGGCGCUCCUAGAGGCGGUACCGGCCCGCGGUUCGAAACGAGCCGUGUUGGCGAAGAGGCGUCAUCUGAGGAAGAAUCUUCUGGCGAGGAGGAGGACUAUGAGUCGGAGGACGGAGAAGGAGAAGAUCUUGAGGGAUCCGAUUCUGAGGACGACGAGGAGCAGACGCAGAAAGCAGCGAGGCCAUACAUGGCUCUUUUGCAGGGGUUCACAGACGAUUCCGGGCGCAACGCCAAACGGCGCAAGCUUGACAGCGGCGCUGCGGCGAAAGAACCAGAUCUUGGGAGUGCGCCUCUCGACGAUGAAAGUGAGGACGACGAUGCCGAAGAAAAGGAGCCUGAAGACCUGGAUCUCGUCGAGGAAGCCGAGGAGGACCCGGCUGUUGCUCAUGCCGAAGCAGAAGACGACAUUGACGUCGACGACAACGACGAAGACGAGGAGGAUGCCACCGACCCCUUUGACAAUCAUUUUACGAGCCCCGACGAGACUCUCACGGCGCAAAGGGUUCGUGCAGUCCAAGGCAACGAGUGGGCGACUUCCCGCCAUGUGACGAAGCUUUCCCGUGCAGUCCUCAUGUCUCCCAAAGUUGACGGAGCCGAGGAAGCCAAGCUCCCAUCGCCAAUCACGGGGCCUGACGGCCUGAAGCUGAAGAUGAAGUUGAAGGAAGUGGUGUCCCGAAAGUUGCCAUCUUUCGAUCCUGUGCAGCAAUCUUUGGCGCCCAUGCUUUUCAACUACCAAGAUAUCUUGUUUGGCGACCGCAACGUCAGGAAUUCCGACAGCCUCCGACAAAUUACCUGCCUGCACGCCAUCAACCAUGUUCUCAAGACGCGAGACCGAGUGAUCAAGAACACAUACAAGCUCUCCAAGGAGGACAACCCCGACCUGGAGUGCAGGGACCAGGGCUUUGUCCGGCCCAAAGUAUUGUUCUUGCUGCCCACGAGGCAGUCAUGUGCCAAGAUGGUCAGCACGAUCGAGGACCUCCUCGAGCCCGCGCAAAAGGAGAACCGCAAGCGGUUUGAAGACGCGUACGUCGACACGUCAGAAAAGUUUCGCGACAACAAGCCGGCGGACUUUCUGGAGCUGUUUGACGGCAACGACGACGACAUGUUCCGGUUGGGGGUCAAGUUCACACGCAAGACAAUCAAGUACUUUGCGCAAUUCUACAACUCAGACAUACUCAUGGCGAGCCCGCUCGGUCUCCGCAUGGCCAUUGGGUCGGUCGAGGACAAGAAGGCGACAGACUACGACUUUCUCAGCUCGAUCGAGAUGGUCAUUGUCGACCAGGCGGACGGGCUGCUGAACCAGAACUGGGAGCACGUCGAGUACAUUUUCGAGCACCUCAACCUGCAGCCCAAGGACGCGCACGGGUGCGACUUUAGCCGCGUGCGGUCAUGGUACCUCGAGGACUGGGCCAGGCACUUCCGGCAGACGGUUGUGCUCGCGCCGUUCCUGACGCCCGAGCUGACGGAGCUCCAGCGCACGCAGUGCCACAACUGGGCGGGCAAGGUGCGCUUCCAGCCGGCGUGCGCGGGCCUGCUGCAGCAGCUGCCGGUGCGUGCGCGGCAGACGUUCUCGCGGUUCGAGGCGGCGUCGGCCGAGCGCGACCCGGACGCCCGCUUCGCCUACUUCACGUCGGCCAUUGUGCCGGCGCUGCUGCGCCGCGGCAAGGACGUCGCCGGCACGCUCAUCUUUGUGCCGUCGUACCUCGACUUUGUGCGCGUGCGCAACUACUUUGCCACGGCCGACGCGCUCGCGAGCCUAUCGUUUGGCAACAUCUCCGAGUACGCCGACGCGACCGACGCGGCGCGCGCGCGCUCGCACUUUCUCAGCGGCCGCCACAAGGUGCUGCUGUACACGGAGAGGGCGCACCACUUCCGCCGGUACCGGCUGCGCGGCGUGAGGCGCGUCGUCAUGUACGGCCUGCCGGAGAACCCGCUCUUCUACCGCGAGAUUGCCGGCGAUUACCUGGCCAAGAGCGAGGAGGAGAUGCGGCUCGAGGCGGGCCAGGGCACGGUGCGCGUCAUGUUCUCGCGGUACGACGUCAUGAAGCUUGAGCGGAUCGUCGGCAGCCAGAGGGUCGGCAAGAUGAUUCAGGAGAGGGGGGACACGUUUGACUUUGUGUGA